GCGGCGACGUCAGAUUGUGACGCUAUGGCGUUGGGUGAUGGCUUGCCGGAAUGCACCUGUGACGAGUGUGCCAGGAAGGCGGCGCUCUUGCCCGCGCUGCAACUGGCAGGGGUGCCACUGGCGGCCGAGCUGGAAAAGGAUUUGCAACGCCACGCGCAGCGCGUGCGCUUGGGCUCUGCAGCCUCGGGAGGCGUCCAAAGGUCUGUGGGCACCCGAAAGUGGCUGUCCUACGAUCCGGAUGUCUUCCUGCCGACACCCUUCGAUGCCUUCGUGCUGAGUGGACAUUGUCCAAAGAUCCAAUGGCCGCAACACGAGCACAGCAGAAAGGACGUGAGCAUUUGCUACAUCGUAGGCUGUGGACGAUCCGGGUCCACCAUUUUUGCCGAGAUCCUCAGUCACUACAGGUCGGUGCUGUUUCUGAACGAACCGCGCCAGCUCUGGCUGGAGCAUCUGCCGCUGGAUGUGUGGUCCACCCAGGGCCAGGGGGUCCUGUGUCCUGAGGUAGGUCCUAGAGAUCUCCUUCAGCUGGCAGACGCCAUGCGGUCAAGUUACAGCAGGGCUGCGGAGUUGCUGCUGCCAGAGGUGGAGUUCGGCCCGCUGCAGACGCAGCCCGUGACGGUCCUUGAGAAGCUCCCGGAGCACGUCUUCCGCGUGGCGCUCUUGCGACGACUUUGGGGAGGCACUGCACGCUUCAUCUUCCUGCGGCGCGACGGCCUGGCUGUGGCGCGCUCUGUGGCGCGUUUUGUGCAGGCUGCCUGGUAUGGAGCACGUGAUGAGAAGUGGAGGCAACUCAAAGACCAGUUGUCCAAAUUCUUCACUCCUAGUGGCGAGUUCUUGGCAGUUCUGGAGGCACCAACGGAGCCUCGGAAGUUGCUUUUCGCGCGAGGGCUGGUGGAGUGGGCGCUCAGCGUUCGAGCGGCAGCGGAAGCAGCAGGGUCCGACAUGUUGGAGAUAAGCUAUGAGGAGCUGACCAGGGAUCCUUCGGCAGUCUUGGAGCAGGUGGAGGCCUUCCUCUUCGCUUCUCCGCCAGAGCGUGGGGAUGUGGACACCUGGGCGCGGCAGACGCUGCGACGCGAGCCGGAAGCGGGUCUCGCGACGGCGGAGUUGGAGGUCCUGGAGCUGCUGAAAGGCUCAGGCAUUGACACUUUUUUGGCGGAGGAAAAAGAUGGCGUUUGUUUGGUGCGUCUAGUAGCGACCUUGAAACCCUGCGACCAAGCCUUACCGGAGACCAUCAGCACCUGUCGCUUUGCGCAACGUGUGGCUAACGUUCAAACCUUUGCGCGUGUGAAUGAGCAGCAAGAUCCACAGUUGGUGAUCAGCCAGCUCCGGCAGGAGAAUUCCCAGCUUCGGGCAGCUCUGGGUGCUUCAGAACAUGCCGAGGCGGGGGGCAAGAGGUGGGAGACUGACAGGUUCAAUGGGUUUGAACAUGGGAUUGCCGCGAAAAAAACGGUCUACCAUCCUUUUCCCUCGCAAAACAACAAUUGUGGAUAA